CACAUGCAACCAUCAUGCUGACGUCACCAACUGGAGGAGCCCUUGACAACCGCAAAACAUUCUAUGGAACCCAGACUACGGAACACUUGUUGAACAUUCUCUACUGGCUAGCAGUUGCUGACGUCAGCUCAGCGAGCCUGCAGAAGGCACCAUCUCCUUUGCACACUAGAGUGUGAUGGAGGUGAAAAUGGACACGAAUGGGACAGAAUGCUAUUUCCAGUUUUAUUCCCCCUAUGCACAGCAGAAGUUAAAGAACAUUGCCUGCUUGUGGGAAAGACAACCCUCAGGCUGUGUGAGGAUCAGCUGUGCCUUCCAUCACAGCAAACCUCGUUAUAUCAAUGGACUUUUUCUGCCACCUACUAACAAUGCGCUAUUGCCACAGGCUGACCAAGAAGUGAUUCUGCCUCCAGCCCAGUGUCAAGGCUCACACACACGUCCAGGGAAUAUUGUAAUACCAAUUCACUCUCCACUGAUUAUAAACCUCAACGAUGAAGAGGAUGAUGAAGAAGAUGAUGAAGAGGACGAUGAAGAGAACUAUGUUACUGACUGUGUGCCUAAGACUGCUGAGGAUAUCGAAGAGGAAAGAGCAAUAAAGGAAAUAUGCUAUAAAUCUGGAGAGUUUUACGGGAUUCAGCAGCCUGGCCAACGGCUGUCACCUAACCCUGUGUCACCGUCCCAGGAAACUGAGCUACGGCCCUCGGAAGCUACCCAGUGGGACUUGCAGAAAGCCAAGUACUUUUCAUCGCCUCGGACAAUGGGUGUUUCUCACUGGGUGGAUAAGACUGCUGAGGAUAUCAAAGAGGAAAGAGCAAUAAAGGAAAUAUGCUAUAAAUCUGGAAGCCACACUGCCAGUCCCAAAGUACAGCCCAGUUACCAAACAAAUGGUCAAAGUAAAGAUGGUGAAACUUCUUCUCUUCCACGUGACAGAGAAACCGGGAGAAAGCCUAACUUCUGUUCUUCAGAACCACGAAGAUCAGCAUAUGUAGUCUACCGUUCUGUCACUGUCACCCAAGAACCAAAGUUCACUGGACCUAGAGACAAAUACACUUCAGGAUCCUAUAAUGCACCAACUCCGAGGAAGAGAAAUCGAGAAGAGAACCGAAAAGGAAAACGAUGUGAAGACAGGAGGGGGAUGAAUAAAGGGGCUCAUGACACAGAUGUGUCACAGAAAGUUGAGAUCGCAGUCAGCCAGCUUGGAGAAAAUGAGGCAUGUUUCUAA